AUGUCUUUCAGCAACGCCAAGGUGCCUGACGACAAGCCAGCCGAUCCUUACAAGGCCACAAACCUCACAGAUCCCGACCUCAAAGAGAAGGUCCAGGACCUCGUCAGCUUCAUGGAGUCGUGCAAGUUCGGCAUGAUGACCACGCGGAUUGAGAGCAGUGGUCUCCUCACAUCCAGAUGUAUGGCAUUGGCAGCCAAGGAAGGUGGCGGCGUCGACCUCCUCUUCCAUACCAACACCGAGUCCGGCAAAACCGAUGAUCUCAAGUCCGAACCCAAGAUCAACAUCGCCUUCCUCAAUCCCACUGGUGAAUGGGCCUCUGUCUCCGGCGAAGCCGAUAUCGUCACUGACCGUGAAACGAUACGCAAAUACUACUCUCCUGCCUUGAAAGCGUGGCUAGGCGACUUGGAGGAUGGCAAGCACGAUGGAGGACCAGAAGACCCGAGGAUUGGUGUCAUCAAGGUGAAGGCUCUGACAGCAACCUAUGCAAUUGCUACCGGCACUUCGUUGGGGAGAGGUGCAGAUAUUGUCAAGGGGGCCAUCACCGGUGCAGCGCCGAAGGUCAACAAGUUGAGGGAGAUUAGUGAGGAGGAGUUGCAGCAAUGUGAGUGA